UUCCUGCUCGUAUUAACCACCAACGUCUAAUUCAUUGCCUUUAAUUAAGUUCAGCUCCGUGCGUCCAUCAGUUCUCUUUCUUAAUCACUCGUCUCGUUAAAACACAAAACAGAACUUCAACGACGCUUUCUUUGUUUUCCACUCGUUCUCCCCACCGUAACUUAAGUAUCAUACACCAAUCAAUACUUUCUUUCCAGUAUUACACGAUUCUUCACCACGCGUGUCUCAGUAACAAUACAAAACGAAGAGGAGAAAACACAAAAACACAAGCGCAUUCCUGUCACUCGUUCACCCCGCCAUUAGGGAGGAAAACAGCAGGAGUUAUUACCAUGCGGCACGCCAUCUGUCUCCUCCCACCAGAUGUGUAAAUUCUUGUAGACGAGAGGGCGUGGCGGUGAACAAUAACAAUGCAGCUGUUAAUGUCACUGGAGGAGGAGGAAUCAAACUUACCCUUCAGGAAUCAGUCGUUUCUAUUAUUUACCUUGGCAUUUAAGGUCCACACACUGAAGGAUGAGGGCACGGCUCUCUCUCUCUCUCUCAACACCCCUCUUUGUCUCUCGCUUGCUCUACAAUCUUAUCGUACACCUGUUAUACACACACACACACACACACACUGUACUGUUUUUCUUGGUCCAGCGUUUAAUAAUCCGUGGCAGUGUUGGCGGCGGGGAGGUGAUCUACUCUAUGGUAAAUAUUACAUGAGCACUCCGCGACGCAAUAGCUAAAAAUACCCUCAGUGCUGGGACGGGAGGGCAGGAGGGCGGGAGGUGGCCGGGCAGGAGGGAACUGUACGAAUAUGAAGAAGAAAUGUUCGGAGUGUUUGCCUGAGACGCGUGUGAAGGAAAGGUAAACAAAGGUGCCACUUCUCUCUCUCUCUCUCCCUCUCUCUCUUUACCUGUUCCUGCAUUUUUCUUCUUUCUCACUUCUCUCUCUCUCUCUUUUUUAUUUGCCUGUUUCUGCAUUUUUCUUCUUUUUUUUUUCUUUUUUUGGUGUGGUGGGUUUUCUUUUGUUUAAUGUUUUAUCGGUGUGGAUCUUGCAUCAUUGGUGGGUUUAAUGUGUUAGUUUUUCUUUUUUUUGUUUUUCUCUCUCAGCCGCUUGUUUUAUUUGUUCGUAUUUAUGUUUUUUUUUUUUUGUUAAUGUUCUGUGUAAUAUUUCUGUUUUGCGUCUAUAAAGUCGAUAAUUGGUGUUUUUUUCUUAUUUUUUUUUUUUUCGUAGUGUAGUUUUUGUUUGUUUAUUUACUGAUUCAUUUAUUUACUUGGUCAAAAUUUAAACAUAACUUAGUGGCAUUGUACAUUUUCUAUUUAUAUUAACACCAAUCUUUAUUUUCCCUUUUAAAACAAUAAGAUUCUCAAGCGAAAAUCCGAAGUUUACCAGUAUCGUGCAGCAUUUUUCGUGUUUUUUUUUCAGUUACUUUUUUUGUCAUUGUUUCCCCCCCCUCCACACACACAUACAUACAUACAUACAUACAUUCCUCCUGUUACUGCUUGCAAUAUUUAUGAGUUGAAGCCAAACAUCUCAGUUAUUUCGUGUCUUUAUAUAUGACCUUUACACUUUUUAGCAGAAUAACAUCCUUGAAUUUGGUAUAAGAUCGAAACGAAAAACCAGGAAGAGGGAAAAAAAUGUCCCCGAGAACAAGGAAGGUGAUUUAUGCCAAUAUACUAAUGACUGAUUCGCUUCCGAGGCUCAUGAAUCGUUGGCCUGAAGCGUCUGAAGUGUUUCGAACUCCUGCCCGAACUGUGACUGAAAGGAAAAGUUUGAUGAUGCUAGAAAUAUGAAUAAAUAAAGAGUAGAGAAGGAAAAAAAGUUUGUGGAGAUAAAUAAUAAUAAUAAAAAAAAACUAGAGCAGAAAAAAAUAGAAAAAAAAACGAUAAUAGAGAGAAAGAAGCCAUGUAUCUUACACUGAAAACAACAGCUAUGCCAACAAAGAAAACGGGAGGGGGCUGCAAGACAAAUUGGAACGCAGAGCUUGAAAAAAAUAUGAGAAUCGAGUGACGGACGUCGGGAAGUGCAUGCGUGUGUGCGUGCGUGAGCUUUAAUUGGCUAUUUUUCAUUUUAUCCUUGUGUCACAGGAGUACACACACACACACACACACACACACACACACACACACACACACACACACACACACACAGAACUUAAACUCCUUACCGAGAAGAAAAAAGACGAAAAUAAACGAAACAAAAGAUAAUCAUAAAAAAAAUAACAAUUUACAACAACAAUAAAAAAUUCAAACCCACCCACACACACACACACAAAAGAACCAAAACAAACCCACCAACAGCGGCACGAGAAUUCCAUGACAUCACGACCAAUGAGAGGGCUGGAAUACCAUGACGUUACCAACCAAUGAGAGAGCUGGAAACUUAUGACGUUACUGGACCUUUCAUGCAUCCCCUCCUCGACCCCUCCUCCUGUAAGGCAAAUGUCAGGGUAGCGGGACUCGUGAGGCGUGAGUCAGUGCGCGGGGAGAGGCUGGGAGGGUGUCGUGCUGGCUGCCUCUCCUUCCAGUGGGUGAAGACCAGAAGGACAAGCAGCAGCAGCAUCACCUCAUCACCCGUUCAGUCAACACCAGCCACCACCACAACAAUGGGCUCCUUCAUCGGCCACGUGGUACCAGGGUCCUUCUUCGGGCUGUUCGGGGCGUGGUACGUGUAUCAGGUGUUCCUCAAGUACUUCAUGUGCCAGAGGGCGGCCGUGGCUCUGGGGGAGAAGGGAAGGUCGUUUUACCAGAACACGUCUUCCUUCGUCUGCAGCUGCUGCCCCACCAUGCCUCUGGAGGGCUUCCUCAAGAUUGCCGCCUCCGUGUUAGGGAUGAUAGGUGAGGUGGUGACUGGUUUUGACGAGACGAACACAAUGCAUCUCGGCAACGCGCAGCACACCACCAUGUUCUUCUUCUUCGGCCUGCACGGGGCUGCCGAGGUCAUGCUGCACUACCGCCUCGCCGCCCCGCCAGACCUCGACUUCCUCUCCGGCGCCCUGGCUUUCGGAAUGGAGGCGCUGCUCUUCUUCUACCACCUGCACGGGAGGACGGCAAUGGACGUGCAGGUGCACAUGUUGUUGUUCUUUGUGGUGGUGGCGUGCGCUGUCUCCGUGGUGCUGGAGAUGUGCUACAAGGACAACGUGGUGCCCGCCCUGUGCCGCGCCUACUUCAUCCUGCUGCAAGGCACGUGGUUCUAUCAGAUCGGGUUCAUCCUGUACCCUCCCGUGGGCCGCAUGUGGAGCCAAGAAGACCACCGCCAGAUGAUGCUGGUGACGCUGCUCUUCGCCUGGCACAACGCGACGGUCUUCGUGGCCAUGGUCCUCACCGGCACCCUCGUGUACCUCAGGGUGAAGGCCAUGGCGCCCUCCUGCCUCUACCACCGCCUGCACCACCACCUCAAGGCGCCCACCCAGUCCCACCUCGCCCACCUGGAAGCAGAGCCGUCCAAGGCGAUGCUGCUCUCUGAGGAUGAGGAGGUGUGA